AGAGCCGAAGAUGUCAGCUCGGUCAUGUGGUCAGCUGUGUCCAAUCACAGCUGAUCACAUAGCACUGAUGAUCAGUGUAGCCCCAGCAGUGCCACCUGUCAGUGUCCAUUAGUGCCAGCUGUCAGUGCUCAUCAGUGCCAUGUGCCAGUGCCCAUCAGUGCCACAUCAAUGCCACAUAUCAGUGCCUACCAGUGCACAUCAAUGCCACAUAUCAGUGCCCAUCUGAGCUGCCUUUCAGUGUCACCCGUUAGUGCCACAUAUCAGUGCCGCCUAUCGGUGCCCGUCAGUGCCACCUAUCAGUGCCCGUCAGUGCCGCCUAACAGUGCCAGUCAGUGCCGCCUAUCAGUGCCACCUAUCAGUGCUGCCUUUCAGUGCCCAUCAGUGAUGCCUGUCAGUGCCCAUCAGUGCCACCUACCAGUGCCUCCUCAUCAG